AUGAUUGAAAAGCAAAGUUCAAAGCUUGUUCACAACAACCGCUUGAGAUUGAAGGCAUCUGUAGACGUAGUUCGUUGGUUAACAUUUCAAGCUUGUACUUUUAGAGGCCAUGAUGAAAGUUCAAGUUCAAUGAAUCAAGGUAACUUUAUUGAGUUCAUUAAACUUAGCAUUCAAGAUCUACGGGGUCAAGGAUAUGAUGGUGCUAGUAAUAUGCGAGCUUCAAAAGAAGUUGGCCAUGUUCAUAAAUUUUUUGAACAAGGACUUAAUCAAAUUAGAUCACUACAACGGCCUGGUGAUACUAGAUGGAGAUCUCAUUUUGUGUCUGCGUAUAUGGAUGUUCAAUAUUUUGUCAGAGGAUCACGUUUUCAUCGUGAAUGUAAUUUCAUUACAGUGAGACAUCAUUAUCAUGUCGAUAUUUUUAUUGCUGCCAUUGAUUCUCAACUGGUAGAGUUGAAUAGUAGAUUUAAUGAAAAUUCUUUGGAAAUACUAUGUUUGAUAUCGACAUUCGACCCUAGAGAUCAAUAUGAGUCAUUUAAUGCACAAGAUGCAUACACUCUUGCAGAGAAGUUUUAUCCUGAAGAUUUUCUAUACUCAGAUCUUAUGAGUUUAAAUUAUCAGUUGAAGAAUUAUAAGAAUAAUAUUUGUCAUCAUCCAAGUUUUCAAAAUUUGGGUACACUAUCAGAUGUAUGUCAAACAAUGGUACAUAGUAGAAAAAGUGAAAGAUAUCCUUAUGUAUACAGGUUGCUUAGUCUCAUUCUAACGCUUCCUGUGUCCACUGCAACCACAGAAAGGGCAUUCUCUGCUAUGAAGCUUAUUAAAACAAGAUUGCGUAACAAAAUAGAGGAUGAAUUCUUUGCUGAUUGUUUAUAUGCAAUUGAAUUGUUUGCAUGUAAAAGUGUUGCUUCUCUAGUUGCUUUAUGGAAAUGUUAA